UUUAGGAGCGUACGUUAGAUCGUGCUUUUUGGAACGUAGAGAGAACUUGCUGGAAGAUUCGAAGCAAGUACAAUACCGCACAGUAGUUACAUAUAUUACGUUUAACGUCGAUAAUAGAAUUCCCGAGUGCUGCCGUUAUAUCAGAUUUUUUCAGCAUGUCAGACUGGGACACUGCUCCAAUUACUCUUCGUAAACGUCCCCCGAAGGCUUCGGUACUUAAAUCGGAGCAGGCGGUGAAUGCUGCACGUCGUCAAGGUGUUGCGAUUGAAACACAAGCAAAAUGGGGUGGAGGAGCAAACAGACAACAUGUUACGACUAAAAACACCGCUAAAUUAGACAGAGAAACUGAAGAACUGAAACAUGAUAAAAUCCCACUUGACCUUGGUAAAUUAAUUCAACAAGGUCGACAAAAUAAAGGAAUGUCACAAAAAGAUCUCGCAACGAAAGUAAACGAAAAGGCACAAGUCAUUAAUGACUACGAAGCAGGCCGUGGUAUCCCAAAUCAGAUGGUGAUUGGUAAAAUCGAAAGAGUGCUAGGAAUAAAAUUACGUGGAAAAGAUCGUGGUAAACAGUUAACAGCCCCCGGGACUAAGAAGUGAAUCUCGGGGGAAAAAUUUUGACUUUCUGCCCUGAUACUUUGUUCCCUAAACAGAACUGCAAAGAAAAAUUGUAGGAUUGAGAGCAACUACUACACCCACUCUGUUCACCUUUGGUUACUUUAUUACAUACUUUAAAAUAAAAUAUUAUUUUAUUAAAUA